GGGGUGAGGGUGAUGGGUCAAAUGCAGAGGAUAAUCUCACCAAACCUAGUGUGUGUGUGUGUGUGACAAUCAUUGGUACUUUAACUUUAAUAUGGUGAUAAUUGGAAAGCCAUGUGUAUUCUGAGGUGGCACUGGGAUAAAAUAAUAAAACGGUUUAGUUUUCUAAAAAAAAAAGCUAUUUUUAUUUGUAUAUGUGUCUCUUGAAAUAAGUGACAUGAAUACAAUAAAAAUACAACACAAUUUUGUGGGUAUUUUUACUCAAAACGUGGAAAAUACUAGGAAAAAUGUACAUUGCCAACCUGUCACUAGCUUAUCCGGUUCGAUAGGGGGCAGCAGUGCGCUCUAGCGGUAGAUUGUCAACCACGCACGGUAUGUUUUUGUGUAACGGAGGCCGAAGAAGAGAAGCGAGACAGUCUAUUCCAGAAGAAGGUUAUCGCACAUAAAUUAUUUUCUGAGAAUGACGCGGCAAAUACGUCGACACCACACGGUAAACUUUCCUGGAUAUGUAUUUACCAACUACAGCCGCUUAUGAAUACAAGGCCCGGUGGAGCGCUAAAAGGGGGCAAUACGUACACGUAUGAGCAAGUUUGUAUAUAUGUUACAGGAAGAUGUACGCCGCCGUGUACGUCCUGUCCACGGUGACAGGCUACCUCCUCACCUCGGCUCUGCUGCUCAAAUGUCCGACUCUGCUGCACCGGAAGAAGAGAGAGAGGUUCUACAGCAGGCACAUUUCUCACCGGGGAGGAGCAGCGGAGAACCUGGAGAACACAAUGGCAGCUUUUAAACACGCAGUGGCUCUCGGCACGGACAUGUUGGAGCUGGACUGCCACCUGACAAAGGAUGGGCAGGUUGUGGUGUCUCAUGACCGACAUCUGCAGAGGGCGACAGGCAUCGAUGCAUACAUCUCCGACAUGGCAUAUGCGGAGUUGCCUCCUUACCACUGCAAGCUGGGUGUAACCUUUGAAUGGGAGUGUUUCUGCGAGGGCGGCGAGGAUAAACGCAUACCUCUGCUCAAGGACGUUUUUGAAGCCUUUCCUCAAACCCCUGUCAACAUUGACAUCAAGGUCAAUGACGACACGCUCAUCAAGAAGCAGGUGUCUGAGCUGGUCUGCAAUUACAACAGAGAGCAUCUCACAGUCUGGGGCAACGCCAGCAACCAGAUUGUCAAGAAGUGUUUCAAAGAGAACCCUCGCAUUCCAGUGUUGUUCAGCUUUCCUAGAGUGUUGCUUUUGUUGGGCCUCUUCUACACCGGCCUUCUGCCCUUUGUGCCCUUAAAGGAACAGUUCCUGGAGAUCCCAAUGCCCACUAUUAUUACCAAACUCCGUGACCCACACAGUAUAACCAAAAGCCAGCUCUUCCUCACCUGGCUGGCAGACAGCCUAUUGAUGAGGAAAGCUCUCUUCCAGCAUCUCACUGCCAGAGGAAUACAAGUGUACAUUUGGGUGCUGAACGAUGAAGAAGAUUUCCAGAGGGCAUUUAAUUUGGGAGCCACGGGGGUCAUGACAGAUUUUCCCACCAAGCUGAAAGACUUUUUGGAUCAAAAUGGCCUUUCCAAGCCUCAGUAACACGCCUUCUGUUUCCACUUUAUAGCACAUUGUCACAGCCCUCAAAUGUAAACACUACCA